AUGGAUCGACAAUGUUUUGCUUAUCUUGCCUUAGCACUUGAAUCAAAGUUUAAACGUCCAAAAGGUGAAAUGUCAACUUUAUUUAUACACUCGAGAAUUGAUUUAGAAACGCGAAAACAGAAAAAAUAUGUAAAAAUUGUCGUGAAAAACGGUCGUGAUCUAGAAAUUCAUCGCAAGCCCCAUGAACAGUAG